AUGCGGCGCUCUCAUCGGAAAUCCCGCCAUGGCUGUGCAGAAUGCAAAACAAGACGGGUCAAGUGCGACGAAGCGCGACCCUCAUGCACAAAUUGUAGCAAACGGUCUACUAGUUGCAAUUAUAGCUCAUCUGCCCCGUACUUAUGGCUGAGCGAGCAAUCCUCCCUAGGACCUCCAACAUCCCCUCCCAACUUGGGGCAAGAAGUCGAGUAUUUAUUCUCGACACCUUGUAUCUUGAAAAUUUCCCAAGCAUUGUGCGACAAUAACAAUAUUUGCCGGCCUUCUCCUUCGGCCCUUGAUCUAAACGACCUCGAGCUUAUGCUUCAGUGGUCAAGCAAGACCUACUUGACGCUCUCUCGAAACGAAGCCACGAAAGAAGUCUGGCAAUUCCUUGUUCCUCAAGAGGCAUUGUCUCAUCCGUUUCUCAUGCUUGGCUUAUUAGCUGUCUCCGCUAUUCACUUAGCAGAUACCAAAGGCGAGAAGAAGAAAGCAGAAUUCAUGAAGAAAGCUCUCCUCUAUCAGCACCAAGCAUUGCUGGUAUUUCGGCAGCUCCUUGAUGAUAUCAAUCGAUACAAUGCCAAAGCAAUAUUUGCAUUCUCAAGUAUCCUUGCUAUAUUCUACUUCGGCUUCCUGCGCCUAGAAAAUGUCAUUAAUCCAUCUUCAUGUAUGGAUAAUUUAUUUCAGGUGCUGAUGUUAUCAGAGGGCGUGCAAAAUGUCCUGAGAAUCUGUGGACUUUCAAUCCAGGAGAGCAAUUUCAGUCCUAUCUUUGUGUCGGCCUCGUUCGAAAUGAAAUAUUCCAUCCCAUUACCAGGUGAAGUUCGAUCGGCCGUGAAUCGACUUUACACUGCAAACACCGCUUACGGCAUCCAGAAUUCGGGCCACAAUACUGCUGUGUACAAAGAGGCCAUUGUGAUGUUGGAAGAUGCGUUAAAUGCAGUUUAUCGAGACCACGUUCUUACCAAUGCUGCAUGUCGCUGGGCAAUAAAGUGCCCUCGGCAAUUCUUGCGAAGUUUGCAGGAGCGAGAGCCGAUGGCAUUAGUGAUCCUCUGUUUUUACUGUGUUGUCUUGCACCGUCUAAGGCACAUAUGGUGCUUUGAGGGGUGGGCUACGGCUAUUCUAAAAUCAACAUGGCCAGUAUUAGAACCGCAGUGGAGGCACCUGGCUCAUUGGGCAGCGACGGAAAUUCUAGGAGAAAUGCAUCUCUGA